UAUAUUAAAAUAUGAGUUGGUGGUUCAGUCUCUUCAGCUCUCACUGAUCAUCCAAAGAUUUUUGGGCUGUCUGUAAUGGCUAGAUUGAGAAGCAUCAGCAAUAACAUAUCAGUUCUGUUUUUCUUGAUUUUCUCUUGGAGCUUUGGAAACAGAGGAUCUGAAGCAAAGAACACUCUCCUAGCAGGAGAAAGCCUCAGAGAUGGGGAGAACUUGGUUUCUGCAAACAAACUCUACGAAUUGAAGUUCAUGAAUUUUGAGCAUUCCCAAAACCGCUAUUUGGGAAUACUGUACUUGGGUUAUGAUGGCAGGGCAGUAUGGAUAGCCAACAGAGAGAACCCUCUCAUGGAUUCCUCUGGAAUUCUAAGCAUCAAUCAAGGAAAUUUGUUGCUUACGAACGGAAGUGGGAUCUCUACCAUGAUAAACCCCGAAGAACCUGCAAUGGGUGCCAACACAAGUGCUACCAUCCUUGAUUCUGGUAAUUUAAUUCUUAAAGACGGAGAGCGGAUUGUGUGGCAAAGUUUCGAUUAUCCUUCUGAUACAUUUCUACCUGGAAUGAAGCUAGGGUUGUUCGGAUUAAGGGCUAAUAAGCCACGAAAACGGGUACUAACUUCAUGGUUGAGCAAUCAAGUACCCUCUCCAGGAGCUUUCUCUCUCGGCGUUGAUCCAGAAAACAUGAAAGAGCUCGUUAUCUGGCGAAGAGGGAGGGUUUACUGGCGAAGCGGGAUCUGGGACAGUAACAAUUUCAGCUUUCCCUAUAUUAGAAGUGUUGGUGUUUCAACCUCUAAGUUUGUUUUCAACUACUACUCUAAUGAAAACCAGAGCUACUUCACCUUCGCAGUGAAGGGCAGCCUUGGUGGGAGUACAUGGAUCACGAUGGAUUUCUCAGGGAGCUUAGAAUUAUUUGUUGCCCAACCGUUCAGUGAUCCAUUAAUCGAUCUAUGUGAGAACGACAAUUCAGAGAAAUGGUCGGAAGGGUGUGUCAUGAUGAAGCUACCAAACUGCAGUGGCGGACACAUUUUCAAAGAGACUAAAGCUUCCAUAAGUAGCUGGAUGUUGCAGAACUAUAGUAAGAGUCUUAGUCUCAGUGAUUGCAAGGAUAUGUGCCGACGCAAUUGUUCUUGUACUGGGUAUGCUUCUGCAGAUUCUAAUGAUGGCACAGGAUGCUUUCUCUUUGAUGGGCGAUAUUCUGGUGAUCUCCAUGGAGAUUACACACUUUAUCUUAGGAAUUAUACCAGCUUAGGGGCCAAAUCAGCUAGUGAGAACGGAAUCUCUGGUCAUCCAACUAAGAAGAAGCUAUGGUUGCAAGUCACUGCUCUUAUCUUAAUAAUUAUGUCGGCCUUUCUAAUAGCAUUCAUAAUCUGUAGACUAAAGAGAAGAUUUUGCGACGGUGGAGGAAACAAUGAAAAAAACGAAGAGACUGGCAGCAGCAGUGCAACGCUACAAUUAAAUAAAUUAACUAGUGAUGUAGGAGCUGCACACAAAUAUUGCAAUGCAAGUGACCAGAAAUUCUGUGGGAACAAGGACUCUGAAUUGCCAUUGUUCAGUUUUUCUAACAUAGAAACUGCAACAAAUAAUUUCUCUACUACUAAUAAGCUUGGAGAAGGUGGAUUUGGGCCAGUUUAUAAGGGUAAGUUGGUAGAAGGACAAGAAAUAGCAGUGAAGAGGUUGUCUAAAAUGUCAGGGCAAGGAUUGGAGCAGUUUAAAAAUGAAGUCACGUUGAUUUCUAAACUCCAACACAGGAACCUUGUUAGGCUUUUGGGUUGUUGCAUUGAAGGAGAUGAGAAGAUACUAAUCUAUGAGUACAUGCCCAACAAAGGACUGGAUUCAUUCCUUUUUGAUCCAAUGAAACGGGCAUUAUUGGAUUGGAAAACUCGUGUUGGCAUAAUUGAAGGGAUAGCUCAGGGGCUCUUGUACCUUCACAAGUAUUCUAGAUUGAGAAUCAUUCAUAGAGACUUGAAGGCUAGCAACGUUUUAUUGGAUUGUGAGAUGAACCCGAAAAUAUCAGAUUUUGGCACAGCAAGAAUUUUUGGCGAGAAUGAAUCCCAAGCCAAUACAAACAGAGUCAUUGGGACAUUUGGUUAUAUGCCCCCUGAAUAUGCAAUGGAUGGCCUUUUUUCCGUAAAAUCCGAUGUAUUUAGCUUUGGAGUAAUGAUGAUAGAGAUUUUGAGUGGUAAAAAGAACACUGGUUUCUAUCAGGCAGAUUGCAAUUUGAACCUACUUGGAUUUGCAUGGGAAUUGUGGAGAAAAGGCAAAAUAUUGGACUUGAUGGAUGAUGUUUUAGUUGAUUCAUGUUCAGCAAGUGAAUUUAUAAGAUGUGUGCAUGUGGGCUUCUUGUGUGUGCAAGAGAGUUCAGCAGAUAGACCAACUAUGUCUGAGGUUGUUUCUAUGCUUAGCAAUAAGACUACAACUUUGCCAUCUCCAAAAUCACUUGCUUUUACCAUAGGUAAAAGUAAUAUUGGUGUCGAGUCAUCUUCAAGUGGGCAAGAAUCCGUUAAUGAUGUAACUAUUUCAGAGAUAUGCGGCAGGUAGAG